AUGGAAGAUGACUCUGAUGAAUGUUCUCCGAAGGUUCACGGUGGUAGCAGCAAUGUUGUUGAGGAGAAUAGAAGUUUUUGGGAGAAUCAACUUCAGCUUUUGCAGACGAAUGUAUAUAAAAUAAGUACGGUGGAAUUAAGCUUAAGAAAUGCAACAAAAGAAGCGAUUGAAGAAAUAGAUAGAUCAGAGUGCAGUUGUAGUAGACACAUCAAGGGUUCAGCAAGGGCAUGUAGAAACUGUUUUAUGAGACAAGUUUCUAGGUGGCUUCAAAAUUCUGGUUUCAAUAGUGCCAUUUGUAAUACUAAAUGGACAAGCUCACAUAAUCUUCCAUCAGGGGAACAUACAUUUUUGGAUGUGAUACAUAGUACAAGCAAAGAGAAAUCAGAUGUUAGGAUAAUGAUAGAACUAAACUUUCGAUCACAAUUUGAGAUGGGAAAAGCAAGUGAAGAUUACAACAAUCUUGUAAAGAAACUCCCAGAAGUGUAUGUAGGAAAAGUAGAGAGAUUAAGCAACAUAAUAAAGAUCAUGUGUAUGGCAGCUAAGAGAUGUUUGAAGGAAAACAAAAUGCAUAUGGGACCAUGGAGAAAACAUAAAUACAUGCUAGCUAAGUGGUUGGGUCCAUGUAAAAGGAAUACUUCCACAAAUUCCAUUUCAAUGGUAUAUUCUCAGACGAUUACUCCAAAGCAGAAGGUAAAGGCUUCAAUGUUAACGGUGGAUUUGUUAGACAAGAUUCCUAACAUGCAUUGUACUGCUGUUGAAGUUGUGUAA